AAAAAAAAAGAGGGUUGUUGUUUAUUUUGGCCGAUCAUCGAAAUAGUUGCUGUUUGACGUCUGUGUGUUUGUUCCCGAGGACCCUCUAUCCAACCCUUGGACGUCCAUUAUUUUUAUAUGCUGCAUAUGUUUUUGUGCCUGCAGCUAUAACAGAAGAGCGGCGGAAUCAGGGGGGGGGAGGAAGACACAGAGAAGGAUCACCUUCAGUUAGUCUGCAGGGAGGAGGGCAUACACAAUAGGCAACGCGAGAAACGAACUUGAACCCCUCCAAUGGCUCUAGUCCACAAUAAACUCCAAGAGGAGGGAACCAAAAGUGUGCUUUGUGGUGGUUGCAUCGAUAUAAUUUCCCUUAACCAUGUCUAUGUAAGUAGCCAUCGGGCUGUAUUUCAGCAUCCCGCUCAUUGAUGGCUACCAUCUCAUGUGCGCGCCCGCAGAAUGACGCGCCUCGACUCCUCCUACAAUGCUCCUCAGUCUCUUUACCUCUUUUUGCUCGGCAGGGACGGAUACACAAAGGCUGAAAAGGCGGAGGAGGACUUUCAAUUGAUCUCUCAUGUGCUCCAAACCUUAGUCCCGCCCCUCCCCCCUCACCAAGGUUCGUUUAUCCACGCAAGGUUGCUGCUGGGCUAUAAGGGCGUGUCCUCUCAUUUUCACAAAACAGUGCUGUCACUCCGCAUGUAUUUUUAUGCUUUUCCCGCUCGCGGUUUUUUUUUUUGACAUCCUGUCUUUCUGACUUUCUGGCUUCCUGUCUUCGCCCUAAUCUUCCAUAAUGCUAAGUAACACCCAAUGCUUUAUCACCGGAUCACUUCAUUCGGAGCAUUGAAAAAUAGAAACUAUUCUAGCGUGAGUUCCUGCAGGUCUAUUCACUCCAGGGCAUUGGAAAACAAGGAGAUCAAUCAAGGGUCUUCUUUACCCAUCGCGGCGGAUUACCAGAAGGAGCGUGGGCUACACAAGGGAAAAAAAAAGUGAUCACAUUGUCUCCUCUCCUCUUCUUUGCUAUGCAAUGCAUGUCAACCAUAUAUGCCUCCACGCGCAGAAAAAAAAACACUUCGAUCGUAGUCUACAAUCCAUGCAUGUGCCGCAAUGGCUUCUCAUUUGGUUUACAGAGUAGUAUACUUGAUUCACAAAGGGGGACUGGAACGCUUUUUCUUUUUUCUUUUUUUUUU